AUGUUCAUCGCGCGGUCAGAAUAUGAUCGCGGCAUCAACACCUUCUCCCCCGAAGGCCGCCUCUUCCAAGUCGAAUACUCCCUCGAAGCCAUCAAGCUCGGCAGCACCGCCAUCGGCGUCUCGACAAGCGAAGGCGUGAUCCUAGGCGUCGAGAAGCGCGUCACCAGCACGCUCCUCGAAACCUCCUCGGUCGAGAAGAUCGUCGAGAUCGACCGACACAUCGGCUGCGCCAUGUCCGGGCUGCAGGCGGACGCGCGGAGCAUGAUCGAGCACGCCAGAGUCGAGAGCCAGAACCACGCGUUCCACUAUAACGAGCCGCUGAGGGUUGAGAGCUGCACCCAGGCGAUAUGUGAUCUUGCGCUCAGGUUUGGAGAGGGCGCGGAGGGCGAGGAGAGUAUUAUGAGCAGGCCGUUUGGUGUUGCGCUGUUGAUUGCAGGGUAUGAUGAGGAUGGGCCGAGUCUGUAUCACGCUGAGCCGUCGGGUACUUUCUACCGCUACGACGCGAAGGCAAUAGGAUCGGGCUCGGAAGGUGCACAGGCGGAGCUACAAAACGAGUUUCACAAGUCGUUAACGCUGCCGGAAGCGGAGGUGCUGGUGCUCAAGACCUUGAAGCAGGUGAUGGAGGAGAAGCUGGAUUCGAAGAACGUGCAGUUGGCAAGUGUGACGAAGGACAAGGGUUUCAGAAUCUACUCAGACGAGGAGAUGGCGGAGGUGGUGGGCCGAUUACCUACGAACUGA